AUGCGCCGUCUUACUGUCUCUAGGCUUUUCUCCGCUGCCGUCACGACUCGUGCGUUGACGACGUUGACAGUCCGUGAAGCGCUUAACAAGGCCCUCGACGAGGAGAUGGAACGUGACAAUAAAGUAUUUAUCCUUGGGGAGGAAGUAGGCCAGUACCAAGGUGCGUAUAAGGUGACCAAGGGACUUUUGGACAAGUACGGCACCUCGCGCGUUAUUGACAUGCCCAUCACGGAACACGGUUUUACUGGCAUGGCAGUCGGUGCUGCGAUGAGUGGCAUGCGCCCUGUGUGCGAAUUCAUGACGAUGAACUUUGCGAUGCAGGCUAUUGACCAAAUUGUCAAUUCUGCGGCGAAGGGGCAUUAUAUGUCCGGUGGUCAGUUGUUAUGUCCGGUGGUGUUCCGUGGCCCCAAUGGCGCCUCUGCUGGUGUUGCGGCGCAGCAUAGCCAGUGCUUCGCGUCGUGGUAUGCCUCCGUGCCUGGGCUGAAGGUGUUCGCGCCGUACAACUCCGAGGACGCGCGUGGGAUGAUCAAGACGGCCAUUCGGGACGAAAACCCGGUUGUGGUUCUUGAGCAUGAGCUCAUGUACGGUGAGUCCUUUUCGGUCUCGGAUGAGGCGAUGGGGGAGGACUUCCUUAUUCCCUGGGGCAAGGCGAAGGUGGAGCGGGUCGGCCAGCACAUUUCGAUGAUUGGCUUCUCUCGCGGCGUGGAGCUCUGCCUGAAGGCGGCGGAUCAACUCGCGAAGGAGGGGAUCGAGGCGGAGGUGAUCAACCUGCGCUCUCUCCGCCCGCUUGACCGUCGGACGAUCAUCGAGUCCAUUAUGAAGACGGGCCACGCCAUGACAGUGGACGAGUCCUUCCCCGUCUGCAACAUUGGGGCGGAGAUAUGCGCCGUCGUCAUGGAAAGUGAGGCAUUCGACUACCUCGACGCUCCUAUGGAGCGGGUGUCGUGCGCCGACUGCCCCACGCCGUACGCGAAGGAUUUGGAAUUGGCAUCGCAGCCGCAGGUGUCAGAUGUUCUUGCCGUAGCCCACCGUGUCCUCAGCUGA